AUGAGUGCAAGAUUUCCUUCGAACACGAAAAUAAAAGAUUUUGCAUAUCCUGAAACUGACCCUUUACAUUUCGGAAUAUUGAACAAAAGCAAACGAUCACGAAGACAAAAUCAAGAUAAUAACUAUGAUAGUGAUCUAACAUCAAACGAAGAUGAAGACUCACAGUCAGGCGACGACACAUCAACAAACUCUUCAUCUUCAUGUUCAUCAUCAACCUCAUCUACAGCAUCGUUGAAUCGUCGAACACGACAUCACUAUUUACACAACCACCAUCAUUAUCACAAUGGCAAUAACGAAGAAAUGAGAGGAGAGGAACGGCAACUAGGUGAAGACGGAGAGGAAGAAAACGAAUACGAAACUUACGACCUAGAUGAUGUAUCCAAUCGAGAUGGGAGUGAAGAAUAUCUAAAUGAUGAAAUAAAUUGUAAAGCUCGUGCAAUAUUUGAAUUUAAACCGGAAAAUGAUAAUGAAAUUGAAUUAAUAGAAGGACAAAUUAUUUGGAUUAGUUAUAGACAUGGUCAAGGUUGGUUGGUUGCUGAAGAUCCUGAAACAGGUGAAAAUGGAUUGGUUCCGGAAGAGUAUGUAGAAUUUUUCACUGAUGAGGAAGAAGAAGAAGAAGAAGAAGGGAAUGAUAUAUAUGAAGAGGAAGAGGCAGAGGGUCAUGACAUAGGUGGGAAAUCACCUCAUGAUAAAGUCUUGAUGAAUGGUAAUGAAUACGUAGAGAAUGGUACGAGUAGUGCAUCUCCUUUGCAGAAAUGUAAAUGA